UGGAGACGCGCGGACGUUCCUGGGGGAGUUCGAGGACGUCGCAGAGCUGGUGGGAACUCGGUCGGACCGGGGUCCGUUGACGACCCUCCGAGCGCUUCUCAAGGGCCGAGCGCGGGCAGUGUUGGAUGCGGUGCGAAGAGACCCGGAGGAGAUGGAAUGGGCGCUGCGAAGGAUGCCCCAAUCGCUGGAUUUGACAACCCGGCCGAUCGCCAGCAGGCGUUGCGGAGCUUCAGGACGGCGCAGCUCGGAGUUGCUGUGGCCCCUUUGUCGCAUAUCGUCGCCCUGUUGAAUCGAGCGCUCCGACCAUUGGAAGAUGCGGCGUGUACGGAUUUAUUGCUCGAUGGUUUCACGGAGAGCCGGCCGAAAGAUCUGCGCGAGACCGCAUGGAUAAUUAAUGCCGAGAAGAUCAUAGAUGCUUCCAAACUGGCGGAUGUGUUGAGGAAAUUCACCUGA